AUCCCUGCGCAGAUCAUCCCUACCCAGAAUCCAGCGAAUCAGCUCUAUAUAAAGCCCAAGUACGGUACCUAUUCAGAGCCAACCACCCCAGAACCCUUUCACCUCCAGCCAGAAUGCCUAAAUACAUCCUCACCGGCGUCGGCGGCCACCUCGGCAGCAUCGCGGCCACCUACGCUAUAGAGAUCGCCCCAGCCGACAGCACCCUAGUCUUCACCGUCUCCGACCUGACCAAAUUGCCCCCCAGCAAACUCGAGGCAUGGAGAUCUUCCGGCGUACAAGUCACCCAAGCCUCCUAUGACGACGUGUCCAGCCUGGAGCGCGUCUUCGCUGGCGCCGACGCCGUCAACCUGAUCUCGACGUGGGCGUUCGGCCGCCGCCACGAACAAGCCCGCAACGUGAUCCAGGCCGCCAGAACCUGCGGGGUGCGGCGCAUCUGCUACACCUCCUUCGUGGGCGCGGAUGACCCGGCGCCAGUGGAGCAGAUGCCCUUUCUGCCGCGCGACCAUAAGCAGACGGAGGCGCUCAUUAUGGGAUCGGGGCUGGAGUGGAAUAUCCAGCGGGAUUGGCUGUAUGUGGAUAACAUUCCGACUUAUUUUGCACCCUCGUGGGGGUGGUGUGGGGAGCGGUGGGAGGGGAAGGAUGGUGUUGCGUCUGGAGCGGCGAGCUGGCUUUGCAACUCGCAUGGGGCCCGGGGAGCGUAUGUUGCACGAGAGGAUUGUGGGAGGGUGCUGGCUGCGCUGCUGCUGGGGCGCGGGCAGCCGAACACUGUGUAUGAUGUGACGGGGCCGCAGGCUGUGACGGAUCAGGAGGUGUUUGACUGGGUGUGUGGUGCAUUUGGGGUGAAAGGGGAGUUGGUGGAUGUGCCGGACCAUGAGUUGAGGAAGUGGUGGAUCGCAAGGGGGCUUCCGACUUCGGUCACGGAGCCGUCCCCGCUGCCUAUGAAGCUCUGUGUCGAUGACCUGUUGUGCUGUGGGGAGAUGGUGGCGCGGGGAUAUCUGACGAAGACUAGCGAUGCGGUGGAGUUGCUUACGGGACGGAAGCCUUUGUCUUUCCAGGAGGUUCUGUUGACGUAUAAAGAUACGUUCGUGAGCCAGCCUCAUGAAUAGAUGGAGCAGAUGACAGCCAUGCACGACCAGAAAGAGAGCAAGGGCUAAUUAGAUAGCCCGGUAGGGAGCUUUGAUCAAUGAUUCAGUGAGUAUGCUUAUUGCAUCGAGCCAGAUUUCCCAGACCAAAGACCAAGCACAAGC